UUUGCAUUGUACACAACGUAUACAAAAAAAUUUGUGAAGACCAAGUACUUUUACCAAUAAAUUUACUGGAAUUUUGGAAAGCAUGAGUGCGUCGAGUGAAGGUGGAGCAGGCGGUGCGGUGGGUGGUAGCACUGGAGGUACAGCUACGACAACGGCGCCUGCCACAUUAAAAGCCGUUAAGAUACGCACUCAUCCUCAUCUAAACACAAUGCACUUGAUAGCACAGAACACAACAGCAACUAAAUCAAAUGCAAUGCAUAUGGCAUCAUCAUCAUCCACACAAUCGCACGUACAAUUGCGUGGCGCUAUACAUAGAUAUUCAUUACCCCAUUUGCCACCAGCAGCACACUCCACAGUUGCCGCCAAGAUAACGCACGUGAAGACCGACGGAGGUAUUUCUAUCACUGGCACGCCCAUCAUUAGCGGUGGUACCAUUAAAGUGGCCACUGCCGGCAAUACGGUACAAACAUCGCUCAGCGGUACGCCCAUCGCCUUAAACUCGGGUCAAGCGACUACCGCCGCCUCUAUACGAACUCUGGCAUCGGCCGGUCCCUCGACACAGGUGCGCGUCGUCAUGCCGAUGAUCAAGCAGCUGGAAAAUGUCACCGCCACGGGCCGUACACAAAUCACAGCCAUACCGGCAGCGCCGGCACGCAGCGUAUCGAAUGCAUCGAUUACAGUAACUCGACCCGUUACCCAGGCCACAUAUUUGCCGCGUGCAAGCGUAACGGCCACCCAGAUGAGUGGCGUGGGUGUGACGGGUGCCCAACGCCUUGUCACCCCCUUGCGUGCAACAUCCUCGGCUAGUGUCAGCCCAGCGCCAGCGGGUCUUACCAGCACGGGCAAUUUUGUACGUACCUCGCAGCCGUCAACAACAGUCAUCUCGUCGGCCAAUACGCCCGGUGCAACGGCCUGGAUGCAGAGUAAUGGACAGGUGCAACUUAUUCGUGCCAUUCAUCAGCCCAGGCAGCGUCUCAUAACGACAUCGGCGAGCGUGAGUAGUGCCAGCGUCUCUACAACAGCAACACCUGUGCAGGCACCGACAGCUCUUACCGUCUCUGCAGCACAGUCUAUGCCAACGCAGUCCUCGGGGCCCACGGGUGUGCCGCAAGCUUAUGUGGCUACUGUGCUGCCACCGCGUCAACAUCAGGCGACACUGGUCUAUUCAUCGAACGUGUCUGCCACUAGCGCGCCCAAUACGAAUCCAAAUCAACAGUUCAAUCCUCGCUUUGCCGUUGCGACGCCAAUAGGCAACGCCACAAGCGGUGCGUCCACAACGCCAGGCGGCACCACAGUGACGCCCCGUCAGGUGCGUCCCAUACCGCUGGGCAAGAGUUUCCCGGCCACCAAGCUAAACACCACAAGCAUCAGCAUUCGAGCGCCCAGCAUACCGCAGCUCAACUCCAACGUUGCGCCGCCCACACCAGUGAGCGUCUCGGGCGGCGUCAGUGUGGCCGGCCGUGGCCCGGGCGGCAGUGGUGGAGCCGCAGGCGUUGCUCCAGUUGCCCUAACUGCCGCGAAUCUGCCCACCACACGCAUCAUACAGCUGCAGCAGCCGGCCACAGGCGGGGGACAGCAAAUAAUUGGCUCCACCACUCGCCUAGCGGCGAAUGUUAUGCUGCAGCCGUUUUUGAUGAGCACCAGUGCAGCAGCCAAAAUGGGCAUUCGACCGCCGGUGACAAUGACAGCCAAAGUUCAGCCUUCACUAACCAUAACGCAGUUGAAUCCUAUUGGCAAGCUAUCGACGGCGGGAAGUGGACCUACAAUGACACCGCAAGGCGUGGCCAGCAUACAGGCGGUGCCGAGUGUUGCAUCUAGUGUGACAACCAGUUCGGUGUCGAGUGGAUCCGCUGCAGCAGCAGGGGCAGGGUCUACUGGCGGCUCUGCCACGGUGCUACCUUUGACGAUUGGCGGGCGUGGUGGACCCGCGAGCAACAUCUUGACGGGCACACUGACACCCAUCAAGAAUGCCAGUGGCAUAACUGUGGGCAAAAUGAUGAUGGCUCAGUCGAGCGGAGUAGAUGCGGCAGCAUCCAGCAGUGGCCUACCGUCCAGCGGUGCGGGAACAAAUGUAUUCAUACAGCAACGCAGCGGAGGCGGCAGUGGCGUUAGCGUAACAUCAACUGCAUCAUCAGUGGCAACGUCUGCGGCAGGCACAUCCUUCUUGCCACCGGGCAGCUCUGCCAUCUACUAUGAAUCUAUGCCGGCCUCAACGGGCGUUCUAUCGCUGACCACCACAACGGUCACGCAGAGUACACACACACAUGGCCAAGCUCAAGCUCAGGCUCAGCAAGCGCAGGCCCAGCUAGUGAGCAGCUCUGGCAACAGCAGCCUCUCCGUAUCAUCGCUGCCCUUUGCCACCCAUGCGCAGCAGGUGGGAACUGGGGCAGGAUCCACGGCCACUUUUACGGUGCUGCCAUCGUCGGCAUCUGCAGGUGGCAAUCGGGCCAUUGGACAUCAGCAGCUGAUCAUACCAGCAAGCGCAGCACACGCGACUGGCGGACCACCUCAGCACAUGGUGAUACCGCUGCACACCUCCGUCAAGGUGACAACGGGCGCUGUGCCCACGACGACAGGCGGCGGCGCCACAGUUAGUGCUUUGCCCAUGCAGAUGCCGGUGCCAGUGGGCGCGAAUACACUGGUGUCCAAUUUCAUGCGUAAACGCGAUGCCGAGGGCUCGCCUAUACGCGGCGUCAAGAAUCUGGCACCCACGCUGCUCUCCAUGAGCAGCAAUAGCAAUGCUUCAGGCUCGGUGGGGAAUGUAACAGCCGUUAACCUGGCUGGUGGCUCCGCCUUCAAUAUACAGCCCGUCUCGGUGGCACCGGCAACGCAGUCAGCCACAACAACGGUGAGUGGCUCAGCUCUGACUGUUGAGGCGCUAGCCAAGAAGGAGCGAGAGCGCGUCAGCUCCGUCUCAGCGGCAGCUGCUGCCAUAGUGGGUGCAUCCUCGGCAUCCACAGCAUCCGUCUCGACAACAGGUGGCAGUAUUGUGAGCACGCGGAAUGUGCGUGCCGAUUCGCCGGCUUCUUCGGACGGUUCUACCACCGUCUCGGCCAAUUCAUCGCCCGGCGUGGAUCAGCAAAUGCAGGACAGUAAUCUGUCUAUUAAUCGGAUUGGUGAUGAGCCAACUGGAGCGGCUGUGCGCGACAAUGCAACACACUUCAAUCCCAUAAACGAGAUGUAUCCCACGCAUCCGUCGAAUGUGACGCACCCAACACUGGGAGCGCGUGGCAGUGGCAUAGCCAGCGCUUUUGUGGAUGUGCCACAGCAACAGAACUCGCAUCUGGCGGCAACGCAAGCCGCUACACUGACGGCCAGCCAAUUGCAGCAGGCGCGCAUAAACGGCACCAGCGGCAGUGGCAGCAAUUCUGAGUACAGCGUGGCGCGCAAGAAGCCGCGACGAUCCACCAACGAUAGCCAGCAGUCCAACCAGAGUCAGGCAUCGUUAUCGCUGUCGCUGCCGCCGCCAAUGGGCAGCGUGGGCAGCAGCACCGCACAAGAGGCAGCAUCAACUUUCGUGCAACAGCAACAGCAGCAGCAUCCGUCGGGCAUCAACAACGGUGGCCUGCUACUGGCAGCCGCGGGCAGCGCCAGCACCACUCCCAAUGCCAGUGGCACUGGCGAUGUAAAUAAUCAUCGACUGGGCGGUGCGCCGCCUGUGGCAGGCAAUAAGGAGAACGCAAAUCCGGUGGACUAUGUGCUGCGCCGUCCGCGUAAUUGUGCGCUGCUGAAUACUUACAAGCCGACGCACAAGCUAGCGAACAAUCAUUUUCAUCGCUAUACGGAUGUAAAGCCACGUGAUGAGCGACGCGCCACAGUGAUUGAUCUGGCCAACCAACCAAAUGUGCAGAAGAAAAUUAGUGGCUGGAAAAUUCAUCAUCUACGCUCACAAAUGGAGGAUCUGAACGAUUCGGAAAUGGUGAGUUUAAGCCAACUGGAAACUAUGUUAAAAGUUCUGGAAAAGGACAAAGAUAAGCUCGGCGAAAUUGAGCGCAUUAGCGAGCUUUUAAAGGGCAACAUUCAGCGUAGCAAGAUCAUAACCGAUGGCAUCAAUGAGGCGCAAAAUCAGCUAAUGAAGAUCUUUGAUCAUCAACCUCAUGUCUCGGAUAUCAUCAACCGUUUGCAAUCGAAGCGCAAUUUUAAGAAACGCGAGAAACUUUAAGUACAUUUACGUGUAUAGAAAUGUAAAGCAGUUUGGAGAAGAAUACAACGACAUGUUGCGCGUUUAGUUAUUAAUACAAAUAACGAUAAGUUUGUAUAUUGCCUAAGAUAACUA